AAGACUGCGCGGCAGCCAUCUUAGUUGUACCAACGGCUAUCUGUCACACACCAGGAAGUGUCCGAUCUAUCCGUUGUACUUCUCUGGGGGUCAACUCUUUCAGUCAAACUAUCGGCAAAGAGCGGCUAGAGGACAUUUGUUUAGGCUGUGCCUGUGGAGACCAGCCAGUAUACCAGGAUGGACUCUGAUAUUUUGAACAUAGAAGAGAUUGUGAUGGGUCGGGGAUUGCCAGAUCCUCCUCCUGUAGUUCCCCCAGUAAAACCAGCAGAACCGCACAAACCCAUCCUUUUGAAAGGACCUCCUGUAGCCUCCGUUCAAUCCUACCAGCAUGAAAACCUGCAGUGUUUCCAGUGCUUCAUCACCUUCUGCAGUGCCAAAGCCAAGGAAAGGCAUAUGAAGAAGAGCCACCGGGAAGAGUAUAAGCAACAGCUUCAGCAGGGAAACACAUUGUUCACGUGCUAUGUCUGUGACCGAUCAUUUCUGUCAUCUGAGGAAUUGACACAGCACCAGCCAACACACAGCAAGGACGACAAGCCCUUCAAAUGUGUGCACUGCAAGGAGAGCUUUAAAACAUUCUCUGAACUAACAGCCCACAGAAGACAGGUGUGUCCAGAGAAGCAGUUGGUUUGUAAAGAUUGCAAUGAAACCUUCCGGAGCGCUGGACUGUUGCGUACUCAUCGCCUGACCCAGCAUCUUCGCCCAGAGGUAGAGACGGCCGAACAGCUGGAGGACCCGACGAAAACCCACCGCUGUAAGAAGUGUGGUCAGGGCUUUGAAACGGAGCCAGAGCUGAUAGAACACCAGGAGAAGUACCCCGAAGGUCAGCAUUGCAACGGCAGUGCUUCAGCCGCCAAGAAACGUGGACGGCCUUCCAAAGCUGAAGACCCGGCAGCUGCUGAGAAAAAGGGAAAGCGGAAAAAGAAAGAUGAGGCAGAAGUGCCUGAGGAGGCAGCGAAGGCCAGCGGUGCAUCAGAAUCAGCAGCGCCUCCUGCUGAGGAAAAGGGAAAAGCAAGUGGGGCAAAGCGUGGCCGUCCGUCUAAAGCAGUAGCAGCAGCAGCAAAAUCAGAAGCAGAAGAUAUGAAGAGUCCUGAGGAUGACUGUCAAGCUCCAGUCAAGGAGAAGAAACCUAAAGCAGAUGCUGCUCCUCUGGCCCGUCAGCACCCCUGUCCUGAAUGUGACUUCACAUUCCCCAGCCUGAUUCAGCUCCGUGCUCACAAGAAGGAGAAACACGCCCCGCGGAAAGCCCAUCCCUGCGAAGAAUGUGACGAGAGCUUUGCCCGUCCCCAGCAGCUGGACGCCCACAUGUCACGGGCUCAUGCCGUGGGCCGCCUCUCCUGCCCAGUCUGUGGGAAGAGCUUUGGCCGUGAGCGCACCUUGAAAGCUCACCAGAAAACCCACCCGGAGGAAAAUCCUGAAAAUCCAAUUGCAAAGAGAUAAUUGAGCUAUGGGGACUUUGCAGAAAGUGUAUGGUUUUUGGAGAUUUUAGUCAGAUAUUGUCUUUUUUUUUUUCCCUCCUUUUUUACAUUGGAUGUCUGAUCCUCCUGAUAGUUUGGAAUGGUUUUGAGAAAUAUGUUUUAGCAAGUUUUGGAUUAGAAUUUGAGUUUUGAUUAUGACGGGUUGAGAUGUUGAUCACACAGACACCGCCUAAAUUGACUAACCAAAUGUUGUUAAAUCCAUCUAUUGCAGCCAUUGCCACAAAACAUAGUUUAUUUGUAAAAAAAAAAAAAAAAGAAGUUUUUUAAAGCUUGAAAUGUGUGUGUGGUUUGACUAUUACUUGGAGUCUCGAGUUCAACUCACUGGUUUAAAAAAAAAAAAAGUUUUUAAUUCCUCUUGUUUUUAUUCCAACACAAAUUGGGUAAGUACCUAUUCUGCAGCAAUUUAGAUGCCUAGUAGAGAUACUAUGUUCGAAUGUUCAGACAGUUUGUCAACAAAAUGUGUAUGUACAGCUUCUGGUUCAUAUUGUGCUUUUAACUCCUGAUAUGUUGAUUAUGUUCCUUUCUAAAUUUAAGAAUAAAAAAAAAUCAUGUUUUUUUUUUUUUUUUUUUUUUAAUGCUAAGAAAAUACAUUGGCUUAGAUCUCCAGAUUCAAUGGGGGCAGAAAUUAUCCACUAUAAUCCUCCUUUCAAAAAGAAAAAUGCUCCUUUUUUAAUUUCACUAGAAUAAUAUUUGUCUUAGACAUUUCUUAACUGGAACUCGUGACUCUUAACUGCCUUAGAGUCCCAAAAGAAACUGUAUCAUGUGUUUUUCACUGAUUGGAUUGUUUCUCUCCCCACUGCGAUGUGUCUGGACACUGCAAACAUGUAAUAAAACAUGCCAUCCCACGGGAGGCUGCUGAAGAAAUGA